CUGCUGACAGAACCCUUACCUCCGACCGCGAGAAUGGCCACUUCCCCACAGCCAGAGAUGACCAAGGCGAUACCGGCGCCGGACACGGACGCUCGCGCACCAGCGGGAGACGAUUGGGCUGGCCUCACAGAUCCUGCCGAGCGCCGGAGGAGACAGAAUCGGAUUAAUCAAAGGGCUCACCGAAUGCGCCAGCGCCAGCGCAUGCGAAACAACAAAGAUAUCCAUCCCAAGAGCGUCGUCGCCUCGACCUCAUCCUCAUCCUCAUCCUCGUCUUCAUCUUCAUCCUCAUCCUCAAGUCCAUCCUCCUCAACCGCCAUUGUCCGCAAACAAAGCAGCUCCUCACCAUCAGACCAAUCCCCGCGCGAGAGUGGAUGCCUUACGUCCAAAGCUACACGAAUACUCCUGAGUCAAUUUGCCGAAUCGGCUUACCAGAGUUACACGCAGGGUUCUCCAACUUCCGAGCAUCUCCUGAUGCUAACACAAGUCAACGUCUUCCGCGCCUUCGGACAUAUUGUCCAAGUACUCGGUUGGAAUUUUGACGAAAUGGACGACGACGCAAUUUCCCCGUUUGCCAUUCCUUCCGCCGCGCAGGCAUCCACACCACCAGACUACAGCGAUAUGCCUCUCAGCCUGCGUCCCACCAGAGUACAAAGAACUACUCCCCAUCAUCCGUGGUUGGAUUUCUUCCCUUUGCCGAAAAUGAGGGACAAUAUGAUACAAGCGGGCAAUGAGUGGGAUGACGAGGCGCUUUGUCGGGAUAUUAUGGGGUUCUGGGAACCUUCUUCGACUGCUGCGCCGGGACUACUGGUUUGGGGGGAGCCGUGGGAUCCUCGGAAUUGGGAGUUGACGGAGACUUUCUUGAAAAAGUGGCAGUGGAUUGUGAGGGGGUGUCCGGAGAUCAUGGAGUCAACGAACUCGUGGCGGGCAAAGCGUGGUGAGAAGCUUAUAUUUAGGUAUAUCUAG